AUCAACUCCUGUCUGUGCAACAACGUUUUUGACACCUGCCCACAGCGUUUCCGUUGUGGCAGUUGGAAGGCAGACAGCAAAAAGGGUUAGGGGGGCUUUGAAAGCCAAACCUUUCAGCUUUUGCUUCAGUGCCAUCAUGAUCUGCUGCAUCAUAUUCAUCUUUCUACAAGUCUCCCUCACAGGGGCUGCUGAGAGCGGUAUAGUUGGUGGCAGGGAGGCAAAACCGCAUUCCAGACCUUACAUGGCAUCAAUCCAGUAUCAAGCCCAACAUUCAUGUGGUGGGAUACUAAUCCGGGAGGACUUUGUUCUAACGGCAGCACACUGCAAACAUGACAACAGCGGUCCUUGCACAGUGGUGCUUGGAGCACAUGACAUUAGCAAGAAAGAGAAAAGUCAACAACGCAUCAAAGUGGCCAAGUACUACCGUCAUCCAAAAUUCAACGGGAAAUACGAUUAUGACAUCAUGUUGCUUAAGUUAGAAAAGAAUGCCACACUGAAUAAGUAUGUGAAGACCACCGGACUACCUAAGAAGAAUGGGAAAAUACCUGCCAAUAUUAAAUGUUAUGUGGCUGGCUGGGGUCGGACUGGAAAAAAUAUGCCCGCCUCAAAUGUUCUAAAGGAAGCCACAGAGAAGAUGCAAUUCAGCAAUGAGUGCAAAAGUAUUUGGCAAGCAUAUUUUAAUUCUAAUCAAAUGAUAUGCACCAAGUUUACCAAGAAGGAUGGAGGAGUUUGCCAGGGCGAUUCUGGUGGACCACUUAUUUGCAACAAGAUGUCUCAAGGUUUAACAGCUUUUACUUUGGCAGAUGAUUGUAAUAAUCCAAAAUAUCCUCAUGUCUACACUAAAAUUAAUUUCUUCAUUCCCUGGAUCAAGGAAAAAAUGAAAGAAUAGAGGAAUGUUGCAUGAGCCACUAGUGAGUGGAGAAGUGGGCUUUUUUCAUUUACUGAUUAAACAAUUUGGUUGAAUGGUCUUUGUAUUAAAAAGGAAUUCAAAAGUUGAAAUGUGUAUGUCAAGCAUUUGGAUAAACACACCUGAUUACACGCAGAUAUUGUGUAAUAAACUUUAAACU